AUGGCAAUAUCAUCCUUAGUAGCCGAGGUGAAAAGGCGCCAGUAUGAAGACCCUUCAUUGACUCAUUACAAGGAUACAACUCCGCAAAAGAAGAAAUCACCAUUCGGGCUUACUGGAGAGGGAGUCCUCAGGUAUCAAGGUAGGUUGUAUGUUCUUGAUGUUGCGGGGUUACGUCAAAAGAUUAUGGCGGAGGCUCAUUGCUCCCGCUAUUCUAUCCAUCCUGGGUCAACAAAGAUGUAUCGCGACAUUAAAGAAGUUUAUUGGUGGGAUGUAAUGAAGAAGGAUAUAGCGGAGUUCGUGGCCCAGUGUCCCAACUGUCAACAGGUGAAAAUUGAAAAUCAGAAGCCUGAUGGAUUAUUACAGGCUAUGGAGAUCCCGAAUUGGAAAUUGACAAAAUCAGCACAUUUUUCACCUGUCAGGACUACUUACACUGCCGAGGAUUAUGUAAAGCUUUAG